UUACACAUACUAUCAAGGUGUCGUAGAGUUCGAAUUUGAGAUCACUUACAUCAUCACGAUACUUCAAAUACAAAAAUAAAUACUUUUGAUCCCUUAAACAGAGAACCUUCCAUCAUUUAAAAAAAAAAAAUGUAUUGGCCUUUGGUGUGGUUAGAUAACUACCGGAAUCUCAAAAUAAUAACAAUAAUAAUUCACGGUUUCUAAUAUUUUCCAGUUUUUUUUUUUUUUUUUUUUUCAGUUUAGACAGAACAGAAUAUGUGAUUUUUUUUGGGUCAUUGACAACCUAGUAAGGCCCUAGACAGUUUUUUUUAGGUUGGGGUUAACGAUACAUUUCAUAAAGCCCAAAGGGCCUUAAAGGCGGAAAGGGGAAAACAGGAUUACAUAGAAAGCAACAAAGCCUAGCAGAAACAGGUUCUUUCUUAUUAGAGGACGACUAAGUUUGUUUUUUUUUUUUUUUGGGUGGAAGAGGACGACUAAGAGUUCACCCAUUGCUAUGCUUUUUUUUUUUUUCCUUUGGUUACUAACUUGUCUUAGACAGGUGGAUGGUGUGUUUACCAUCAGGAAUUGGAAUUCUUGUUAGGAAUUGAAUUCUACAUAUGGAGUAUUUCUAUAUUUACUUCACAUCAAGGAAUUAAAAAGUACGUGAGACCCACACAAAAUUAGGAUUUGAAUUUCUAAUUUUUGAGGAAUUCAAUUUUUGGGUGGGAGGUGGAUUAUGAAUUCAAUUUUUUUAUCCAUUAUAUACUCGCACAGUAAUAAAAAUUUCAAAUUUUCCAAGUACGUUUUAAUAAUUACUUCAACUUCUACUCCAAUUUCAUAUGAUUUAGUAAACAACCUCAAUAGGAAUUCAAAAUCUAAUUCUCUUCAAUUCAACUUAUUUUCAAUUCAAUUCCUCUUAAUUCAAUUAUGGGUUAGUAAGCAUGCGAAAGUUGUUCUAAAACAAAAAAAACAAAACAAAAACACAUUGAAAGUAAACGUCAACUCCUUUACAAAAAUACUAGAUAAAUCAACAAACAAAAAGUAGUUCAGUCACCAUUUUUGACAAGUUAGAGUUGAAUAGUGGGUUUUACUGGCUGGUGAGUGUUCAUAUAUUAUACGUGGAGAGUGAAUUUUCAGGGAUUGAUUUUUAAAAUUGGUUUCUCUAUUCAUCCCUCUCUUUUUUCUUUUCUUUUAUGUUGUUUUCAGUCGCUGAAUCUCUUACGAGUAAACUACAAAACUAUUUGUACAUUUCUAAAGCCACAAGUAGGAGUAGCCUGUCAACAUGUUUGCUCUUACAAUUCAACCCUGCCGUCUAUUUAUUUAACAAUAAAUUCAUAGUCUCAUGAAAAUAAAAUGUUAUUUCAAAUUUUGCACCGUCAUAAAAUAAAUACAACUCCAAGAGCUUCUUCUACCUCCCUCCCUGUAAGUUUCCAUGGAGAAGGAGAAGAAGAAUGGAGUUCUUCAUGUGGUGGUGUUUCCAUGGCUGGCCAUGGGCCACCUCAUACCCUUCUUCCAUCUAUCCAAGCUCAUAGCUCAAAAGGGUCACUCUGUUUCUUUCAUCUCCACCCCAAGGAACAUUCUCAGACUUCCCAAAAUACCCUCACACCUCUCUUCUCUCAUCAACCUCGUUUCCCUCCCUUUGCCCCGCUUGGACAACCUCCCAAACGACGCCGAAUCGUCCACGGACGUGCCGUACAACAAGCAGCAAUUGCUGAAAAGGGCCUUCGAUUUGCUGGAAUUGCCGUUGACCGAUUUCCUGGGGUCCUCGGAGUCAAAGCCUGAUUGGGUUAUUUACGAUUAUGCCUCUCACUGGCUUCCCCCAGUUGCGGCCAGGUUCGACAUCUCACGCGCCUUCUUCAGCUGCUUCAGCGCCGCGUGUUUGGCGUACAUUGGUCCGCCCGCGCCGUUGAUCAACGGCCAGGAUUUCAGGACCAAUGCUGAGGAUUUCACCUUGGUUCCCGAGUGGGUCCCAUUCGAGUCUGACAUGGCGUACCGGCUUCACGAGAUUGCUAAGUAUUUACAACGUUCAAGUGAGAACGAGUCCGUUACACCCGAUACGGUGCGUUUCGGGUUUGCGAUUAAUGAGAGUGAAGUUGUGUUUAUUAGAAGCUCGGAUGAGUUUGAGCCCGAGUGGUUCAAUUUGCUUAGAGAGCUGUAUGGGAAGGGAAAACCAGUUGUUCCUAUUGGGUUUUUACCCCCACUAAUAAAUGAGCAAGUGGAUGAAUUUGAUACAAAUUGGGUUGGUAUCAACGAGUGGCUUGACAAGCAACGAGUCAACUCAGUGAUCUACAUUGCAGUCGGGACCGAGGCAACAUUGAGUCGAGAAGAACUCACUGAGUUGGCUCUCGGGUUGGAGCUAUCUGGAGUACCGUUCUUUUGGGUGUUGAGAAACCCACCUGAGUCAACUCAGUCCGUGUUUGAGAUGUUACCACAUGGGUUUGUGGAACGAGUCGAGGGUCGUGGAGUGGUACAUUUGGGGUGGGCUCCACAAGUGCGGAUACUGAGUCAUGACUCGGUGGGUGGAUUCUUGACUCACUGUGGUUGGAACUCGAUGAUUGAAGGGCUCGGGUUCGGGCGGGUUUUGAUCCUAUUCCCCAUGGUGAAUGAUCAAGGGCUUAAUGCUAGAUUAGGGAAUAAUAAGGGACUUGGGGUGGAGAUACCUAGAAUUGCACAAGACGGGUCAUUUACGCGUGACUCGGUGGCCAAGCUCGUAAGGUUGGCAAUGGUGGAGGACUCGGGUGAGUCACUAAGAAUUAGGGCUAAGGAAAUGAAGGGGUUGUUUGGAGACAGAAAUAGGAACAAUCAAAUAGCGGAUGAAUUCAUAUGCUUUCUUGAGGAGAAUAGCCCACCAAGGUUGACCAUUUAGUUACCAUGGCAGUACCCUAAUUGCCUCUAAUAAUAUCUUUGUAUGGUUGAUAUCUUGUUUGUUUAUUUCUGGAGAAAUUAUUGUAUGGUAUUGAAAUACAGUCAUGCAUUUGUCGAAAUCAAACCCAUAAAGUGAGUUAAGACGGGAAUUAUCCAAGGACAGAUGAGAUAACAUGAUGAAUGCUAAAUAUUUUCAAAUCAACAAGAUUUCAUCGAGAAACAGAGCGUAACCGCACUCAAAGCAGUUGAUUCUGUUAACUUCACUGCACGCUCAACAUGAUCAACAUAGCUAUGACGAUAUAUAGCAGCCACCGGGAAAAAGUUACACUAGUGUCAAAUUAUACAAAAUCCAGCUUUGCAAUCAUGAAUGGAGGUAGAAAGAACAAAGCACUUUGUGGAAGCUCUAUUUGCAAAAAGUUUCAAGUUCGUAAGCAGACUAGGAUUAGAAUAUCAUUGAAAUUUGAGAACACAGAAUAUAUUGAAUAUAAUUGCGGACAAAUAGAAGAUAUUCAAGGGCAAAACAACAAAAGAAUGGGGAAACCCUAUCGGCCGAAAAAGUAAUGUUACUGUCUCUUCAGAGAAUUUAUGCUACAGAGUAAAGGAAAAGAAAAAAAAAAGUGGUGUCAUUGCUUUAGAAAAAAAAAAAAA